AAGAUGUUCCCAGCGACGACCACGAAAGGCGCACCCCGUACGACCAUAGCGCGGGUUACACCUCAUCCCAAACCAACUGUAGCCGUUGCGCCAUCAUCGAACACAACACGGCAGCCACGAGUCACAAAUCGAGCCACAGCAAACACAUUGUUCGAACNAGAAAUUCAUUCAUUUCAGAUUGUUCGAACAAAAUUGAGCCGUGCUGAUAUGUUGAGAGGAGUCGACGAAAAAUUUGGAGGACCCUUACUGGACGAGAUUAUGGAUAUUAGUGCGAUACAAAUGUCCGAGAUCGAGGGCGCAGAGUCGGCGAAAAGAGCGCUCGAAGAAGCCGUGAUAUUGCCAGCGUUAAAUCCGAAUCUUUUUUCGGGUUUAAGACAACCAGUUCAAGGCAUUUUGCUUUUCGGACCACCUGGCAAUGGAAAAACGAUGUUGGCACGAGCGGUUGCCACGGAGUGUGGAUCGGCAGUGUUUCUGAACGUGUCGGCUGCGACGUUGACUUCGAAGUGGGUUGGAGAUGCAGAGAAGAUCGUGAAAGCACUCUUCCAAAUUGCGCGAAAUGGACAGCCGUCGAUAAUAUUCAUCGAUGAAAUUGAUUCGAUUUUAUGCGAACGAAGUGAAAAAGAAACAGAAGUAUCGCGACGUAUGAAAACUGAAUUUAUGAUUCAAAUGGACGGCAUUUGCUCGUCAAAAAGCGAUCGCCUACUGGUGAUUGGUGCCACGAAUCGUCCGGAAGAGUUGGAUCCGGCCGUUCUGCGGAGAUUUCCGAGAAGGAUUCUGGUGGAUGUUCCCGAUGAAAAAGCACGAGCGCAUCUUGUUGCAGCGCUACUGAAGAAACAUAAGACUGCAUCUGCGUUGAGUGAGCGUGACCUGAGGGAAUUGGCCGCAAAAACGGAGCAUUACUCAAACUCGGAUAUUGUGGCGUUGUGCCGUGAGGCAGCGAUGGUACCUAUUCGUGAGAUGAGUCGAAAGCAACUCAAGCAAGCCACCGAAUCACAAGUCAGACCGAUACAACUGGAGGAUUUCAAAUCAGCACUUCAGGUCAUAAAACCGUCAACAAAUCAACAAAUGCGCAAUAAGUUGAAACAGUUCGCCGAGGCAGCGGGUCAAGUCGCUUGA